AUGGGGAAGCCGCUUAGCAGGCCAGACUGUCUACGUCAGAAUCCUCCAUGUGUUGGCAAAGGGGAAGAAGAUGAAGAUCUAAAUAUCGAGGACUGCUACGUACCCCAGAGGUCCAUCUAUGACACUGUGCGGCUGAAUGAACAGAUUGAUUCCGGCUCCAAGGGCAGCCUCUCCUCAAGGCAUUUCACGGACCGGACCUUACCCUACAGUCACAGAACACUGGACAUCAGCACUUUGUGCUCCAAUGGUGCCCUUACUUCUUCCAGUGUUUUUGAGCUCCGAAGCCGUGAAACUAACAAGUUAGAUGAAAAAAUGAUCUUUGAUGCUCUCAAACUGAACAGUGAUAUAAUUCGGACAGCUGGAUUACCAAAAGCAAAGCCUCACACAGAAAAGAAGGAGCAUAGGCGAUCGUGGAGAAUGUUUGUUCCGCCCAACUUUUCGGAUUACACGAAUGAAAGUGAAUGCUCCUUUAACGAAACUGCUGAUACGUUAGAUACAGCUGGACUGGGCAAAUGCACAUGGAGUAUGAAUUCUCUUACCUCGGAAGAGGAUGAUUCUGGUUUAUGCAGCCCUCCAACAGAAAGGGAAGAAAAACAAGAUAUAUUGUUAGCAGGGGAGCAAACUCAAAUACGAAGUUCAUCUUCUGCAGAAGAUAUCCAUGCAGUAGGUCAGUUCAGAUCGUGUUUCCCAGCAAUUUGCCAAGAGCAGCAAAUGGCACUGCUUGCAAGCAACAGUGUCCCUGUCAAAGAAAGCUGCAGACUGGCUUUGCAUGACAUUAUACCCUCUGGAAAAGCAAAACAAAGCAAUGCGCAGACAUGUGAGAGUGAUCAGGAAGAGUUGGGGGGGAAAUACUCUCACUUACAAGGUUUCAAAGAAAAAACUCGGUCGUAUGAAGAUUCUCUUCAAGGUGAUGGAAGAGGUAUUUCCAUUAACAAAAAUGAAGUGGAAAAUGCAUAUGAAGUUCAUGAAAAAAUUAAAACACGAGUCACAACAGUAAAGGAGGAUUAUGUGGAUGACACACCUCCUCACAUAGAUGUUUAUUAUGCGAAUGUUGCUGUAAAUACUAGUGACUUGGAUUUAGCAAAAUACGAGAUUUUAUCUGAUACAGAGGAAUCCAGUAUAGCACGUACAGGCUCAAAUGAAACGGCAUUUUCUGUUCAACAGCUUGAAUUGGAUAGUACUGUAAACUGCCCAAAAGCUUUCCCAGGAAGAAGUAAAGGCAAUAUCUGGACUACUGGCAUCCAAGAAACCUUGGAUACAGUCUGUAAUGGCCUAUUGCCUAACAAGGUGUUCCAGAAAGAAGAAAUUGAACCCCUGCAAGUAAAACAACAGGAAGUUAAUUGGUUGGGCCAAGGCCUUAUUCAAAGUGCUGCUAAAAGUACCAACACAGAAAACCUUGAACACGACCUUGAGGAUGUCAACACCCGAUGGAAGACUCUUAAUAAGAAGGUUGCCCAGCGUGCUGCGCAGUUGCAGGAAGCCCUCCUUCACUGUGGGAGAUUUCAGGAUGCCCUUGAAUCUCUGCUUAGCUGGCUCAUUGAUACAGAAGACCUCGUGGCUAAUCAGAAACCACCAUCUGCUGAAUUCAAAGUUGUGAAGGCCCAAAUACAAGAACAGAAACUUCUCCAGAGGUUGCUGGAUGAUCGCAAGCCUACCGUUGAGGUAAUCAAGCGUGAAGGGGAGAAAAUUGCAGAGUCAGCAGAACCUGCUGAUAGAGUGAAAAUCUUGAAACAGUUGAGUUUCCUGGAUAGUCGAUGGGAUGCGUUGCUCAGUAAAGCUGAAACGAGGAACCGUCAGUUGGAAGGCAUCUCAGUGGUAGCGCAGCAGUUCCAUGAAGCUCUGGAGCCGUUGGUGGAGUGGCUGACCACCACAGAGAAGAGGCUUGCAAAUGCAGAACCCAUCGGAACACAGACCUCCAAACUGCAGCAGCAAAUUUCUCAGCAUAAAGCCCUAGAAGAUGAUGUCCUAGCUCACAAUAAGAGUUUACAUCAGGCCAUUAGCACUGGUCAGUCUCUAAAGACUGUGAGCUCCAGGGAAGAUAAAGAUAUGGUGCAGGAAAAGCUAGAUUCUUCUCAGGCCCGAUACAUUGAGAUUCAAGAGAAGAGCAACAGCAGGUCUGAACUUCUCCGGCAAGCUUACAGCAAUGCUCAGAUUUUUGGGGAGGACGAAGUUGAAUUGAUGAACUGGCUGAAUGAAAUCCAUGAUAAACUGAGCAAAUUGUCAGUCCAAGAUUGCAACACAGAAUUGCUUGAGAAACAGCACUCUGAACUACUGGGUCUUCAGGAAGAGAUUCUUCUUAGAAAACAAAAUGUUGAUUUGGCUGUACAAAAUGGAUUAGAGCUUCUCAAGCAAACAACAGGUGAUGAAGUUGUAAUAAUUCAAGAUAAACUGGAAGGCAUUAAAGCGAGAUACAAAGACAUUACAAAAUUGAGUUCUGAUGUAUCCAAGACCCUAGAGCAGGCUCUCCAGCUUGCAGGUCAACUGCAGUCAACUCACGAGGAACUCUGCAAAUGGCUUGAUGAAGUGGAGGUGGAGUUACUCUCAUAUGAAACUCAAAUACCAAAGGGUGAAGAAUUAAGCCAAGUACAAGAAAGACAAAAAGAGUUGAAAAAAGAAGCAAAGAACAACAAAGGCUUACUGGACACUCUGAAUGAAAUUGGCAGUGCCUUCCUGGAGCUUGUGCCGUGGAGGGCCAGAGAGGGGCUUGACAAGAUGAUAACGGAGGACAACGAACGUUUCAGAUUAGUGAGUGACAUGAUCUCCCAGAAGGUGGAUGAGAUUGAUGCUGCCAUCCUGAGAUCCCAGCAGUUUGAUCAAGCAGCUGAUGCUGAAUUUGCCUGGAUUGCAGAAACAGAAAAGAAACUGAUGUCGCUGGGUGCUAUUAGGCUUGAGCAAGACCAGACCACAGCUCAGCUACAAGUUCAAAAGGCUUUUACCAUGGAGAUUUUGAGGCACAAAGAUACUAUAGAUGAACUUAUUAAAUCUGGGGAUAAGAUUAUGAACACAUGCACCGAAGAAGAGAAACAGACCGUGAAGAAAAAAAUGGAAAACCUCUUACAGAAAUAUGAUGCGGUCUGUCAAAUGAACUCUGAGAGAAACCUCCAGCUGGAACGGGCCCAGUCUCUGGUUAACCAGUUCUGGGAGACUUAUGAAGAGCUUUGGCCAUGGUUAUCUGAAACAGAAAUGAUCAUCGCUCAGCUUCCUGCGCCAGCCCUUGAAUAUGAAACUUUAAAGCAACAACAAGAAGAACAUAGGCAACUGCGUGAGCUGAUCGCUGAGCACAAGCCUCACAUAGAUAAGAUGAACAAAACUGGGCCUCAGUUGCUGGAGCUAAGCCCAGGAGAAGGUUUCUCUAUCCAAGAGAAAUAUGUGGCAGCUGACACGCUUUACAGUAAAAUUAAGGAAGAUGUCAAAAAGCGAGCACUGGCACUGGAUGAAGCCAUUUCUCAGUGUACCCAGUUUCAUGACAAGAUAGAUCCAACUCUUGAGAGUCUGAAACGCAUAGUGGAACGUCUGAGGCAGCCACCUUCAAUCUCAGCAGAGGUUGAGAAGAUUAAAGAGCAAAUCAGUGAAAACAAGAAUGUGUCAGUGGAUCUGGAAAAACUUCAGCCGGUGUAUGAGACACUUAAACAGAGAGGGGAGGAAAUGAUUGCUCGCUCAGAAGGAGCUGAUAAGGAUAUAUCUGCUAAAGCUGUUCAAGAUAAACUAGACCAAAUGGUCCUCAUUUGGGAAGACAUCCAGACCUUGACUGAGGAAAGGGAGGCCAAAUUGUUAGAUGUAAUGGAACUAGCUGAAAAGUUCUGGUGUGAUCAUAUGGCUCUUGUAGCUACUAUUAAAGAUACUCAGGACUUCAUUCGAGAACUGGAGGGACCUGGAGUUGACCCAUCUGUAGUCAAGCAACAGCAAGAAGCUGCUGAGGCUGCUAAAGAAGAAAUUGAUGGACUACAAGAAGAACUAGAAACAGUUGUGAGCCUUGGCUCUGAACUUAGAGCUGGUUGUGGAGAGCCUGACAAACCUAUUGUCAACAAGAGUAUAGAUGAGCUGAAUUCUGCCUGGGAUGCCUUAAACAAAACAUGGAAAGAACGGGUGGAUAAACUUGUUGAAGCUAUGCAGGCAGCUGUUCAGUACCAAGAUGGACUGCAGGCAAUAUUUGACUGGGUAGAUAUUGCUGGCAGUAAGUUAGCAUCUAUGUCCCCAGUUGGAACAGAUUUGGAGACAGUGAAGCAGCAAACUGAGGAACUUAAGCAAUUUAAGACAGAAGCUUAUCAGCAGCAGAUAGAAAUGGAAAGACUGAACCAUCAGGCAGAACUGUUGCUGAAGAAGGUAACAGAGGAGAGUGACAAGCACACUGUUCAAGACCCUCUCUCUGAGCUCAAACUAAUGUGGGACAGCCUAGAAGAAAAAAUUAUAAAUAGACAGCACAAGCUGGAAGGUGCCUUGUUAGCCUUGGGGCAGUUCCAGCAUGCCCUGGAUGAGUUACUGACGUGGCUGACACAUACAGAAGACUUGCUGAAUGAACAGAAACCUGUGGGCGGAGACCCCAAGGCUAUUGAAAUUGAACUUGCCAAACAUCAUGUGCUACAAAAUGAUGUUUUAGCUCAUCAGUCUACGGUGGAAGCAGUUAAGAAAGCAGGAAAUGAUCUGAUUGAAUCAAGUGCUGUUGAAGAAGCAAGUAAUUUACAGAGCAAGUUGGAACUCCUGAAUCAGCGCUGGCAAAACGUGUUGGAAAAAACAGAACAAAGGAAACAGCAGCUGGACAGUGCCUUGAUCCAGGCCCAGGGUUUCCAUGGUGAAGUUGAAGAUAUGCAGCAAUGGCUGACAGACACUGAGCGUCAGCUGUUGGCAUCAAAACCUGUUGGAGGCUUACCAGAAACAGCACGAGAGCAGCUUAAUACCCAUAUGGAACUUUGUGCUGCCUUUGAAGCCAAAGAAGAGACGUAUAAGUGUCUAAUGCAGAAAGGCCAGCAGAUGCUUGCAAGAUGCCCAGAGUCUGCUGAAACAAACGUUGAGCAGGACAUAAAUAACUUAAAAGAAAAAUGGGAAUCAGUACAAACAAAGCUCAGUGAAAGAAAAACCAAACUGGAAGAAGCCCUCAAUUUAGCAAUGGAGUUCCACAACUCACUUCAAGAUUUCAUCAAUUGGCUUACUCAGGCUGAGCAAACUCUAACUGCAGCUUCUCGGCCAAGUCUUAUCUUGGACACUGUCUUGUUUCAAAUUGAUGAACACAAGGUUUUUGCCACAGAAGUGAAUUCUCAUCGAGAUCAGAUCAUAGAGCUGGACAAAACUGGAACCCAUUUAAAAUAUUUCAGCCAGAAACAGGAUGUUGUCCUUAUUAAGAAUCUGCUGAUUAGUGUACAGAGUCGAUGGGAAAAAGUAGUUCAACGCUUAGUUGAAAGGGGAAGAGCUUUGGAUGACGCCAGGAAAAGAGCCAAACAGUUCCAUGAAGCCUGGCAUAAACUUAUGGAGUGGCUGGAAGAGUCAGAGAAAUCUUUGGACUCAGAUCUUGAAAUUGCAAAUGACCCUGACAAAAUAAAGAUGCAGCUUGCCCAGCAUAAGGAAUUCCAGAAAUCUCUUGGUGCCAAACAUUCUGUGUAUGAUACCACAAAUAGGACUGGACGCUCCUUGAAAGAGAAAACCACCUUGGCUGAUGACAAUUUGAAACUUGAUGAUAUGCUAAGUGAACUAAGGGAUAAGUGGGAUACAAUUUGUGGAAAAUCAGUGGAAAGACAAAAUAAACUGGAGGAAGCCCUGUUAUUUUCGGGACAAUUUACUGAUGCUCUGCAAGCUCUCAUUGACUGGUUAUACAAAAUUGAACCUCAGCUAGCGGAAGAUCAGCCAGUACAUGGAGACAUUGAUUUAGUGAUGAACCUGAUCGACAAUCACAAGGUUUUCCAGAAGGAGCUGGGAAAAAGAACGAGCAGUGUCCAGGCUCUGAAGCGCUCUGCCAGAGAGCUGAUAGAAGGCAGUCGUGAUGACUCUUCCUGGGUCAAAGUCCAAAUGCAGGAACUAAGCACUCGCUGGGAGACAGUUUGUGCCCUGUCAGUAUCUAAGCAAACACGACUGGAACAGGCCCUUCGGCAGGCAGAAGAAUUCCACUCUGUUGUCCAUGUACUUUUGGAGUGGCUGGCAGAGGCAGAGCAGGCUCUUCGUUUCCAUGGGGUCCUUCCAGAUGAUGAAGAGGCCUUGCGUACACUGAUAGACCAGCACAGGGAAUUUAUGAAGAAACUGGAAGAGAAAAAGGCAGAACUGAAUAAAGCAACAGGUAUGGGAGAAGCUAUCCUAGCUAUCUGCCACCCAGACUCCAUCACCACCAUUAAGCACUGGAUAACAAUCAUCAGAGCCAGGUUUGAAGAGGUCUUAGCAUGGGCUAAACAACAUCAACAGAGACUGGCAGGAGCUCUGGCUGGACUUAUUGCUAACCAGGAAUUGCUGGAAGCCUUGCUGUCCUGGUUGCAGUGGGCAGAGACUACACUCACUGAAAAAGAUAAAGAGGUUAUACCCCAGGAGAUUGAGGAAGUUAAAGCACUUAUAGCUGAACAUCAGACGUUCAUGGAGGAAAUGACCAGAAAACAACCUGAUGUGGAUAAAGUUACAAAGACCUAUAAAAGAAAGGCACUUGAACCCACUCCAGUACAAUCUCAUAUUCCUGUCCUUGAUAAGGGGAGAGCAGGAAGAAAGCGUUCCCCAACACCAGGCAUAUAUCCGUCAGCAGCCCAGGCACAAAUUGAAACCAAGAAUCCACGGGUAAACCUUUUAGUCAGCAAAUGGCAGCAAGUCUGGCUUCUGGCCUUGGAAAGAAGAAGAAAACUUAAUGAUGCUUUGGACAGACUUGAAGAGCUGAGAGAAUUUGCCAACUUUGAUUUUGAUAUUUGGAGGAAAAAAUACAUGCGAUGGAUGAACCAUAAGAAGUCUCGUGUGAUGGACUUCUUUAGGAGGAUUGAUAAAGAUCAGGAUGGAAAGAUAACAAGGCAGGAAUUUAUCGAUGGAAUUCUUUCAUCAAAAUUUCCAACAAGCAGACUUGAAAUGAGUGCUGUUGCAGACAUUUUUGAUAGAGAUGGUGAUGGAUAUAUUGACUAUUAUGAAUUUGUAGCAGCUCUUCAUCCAAACAAGGAUGCAUAUAAGCCUCUCACAGAUGCUGACAAAAUUGAAGAUGAGGUUACAAGACAGGUAGCUAAAUGUAAAUGUGCAAAACGAUUUCAAGUGGAACAGAUUGGGGAUAACAAGUACAGGUUCUUCCUGGGAAAUCAGUUUGGUGACUCUCAACAACUGCGCCUUGUUCGUAUCCUAAGAAGUACAGUCAUGGUUCGUGUUGGAGGUGGCUGGAUGGCACUCGAUGAGUUCUUAGUGAAAAAUGAUCCUUGCAGGGCUAAAGGGAGGACAAAUGUGGAGCUGCGUGAAAAGUUCAUUUUGGCAGAUGGUGCCAGUCAGAGCAUGGCAGCUUUCCGACCGAGGGGCCGUAGAUCACGACCCUCUUCAAGGGGUGCUUCUCCCAACAGAUCUACUUCUCUGUCAAGUCAAGCUGGCCAGGCAGCUGCCCCACAAGGAGUUGCUACAAGUACACCAAAGACACCCCAUCAUUUAACACGCAACUAUGGUAAACCAUGGUUGACAAACAGCAAAACGUCAACUCCUAAGCCACCAGAAUCUUCAGACUAUCAAGGGUCGUCUGCAGAGGGAACACCAAUUCAAGGAAGUAAACUCAGACUGCCAGGAUAUCUAUCAGGGAAGGGUUUCCACUCUGGAGAAGACAGCAGCAUCCUGUCGACAGCAGCUACCAGAGUUAGAGCUCAGUUUGCAGAAACCAGAAGAACUCCAAGCAGACCUGGAAGCCGAGCAGGAAGCAAGGCUGGCAGUAGGUCAAGCAGCCGCCGAGGCAGUGACGCAUCUGACUUUGACAUUUCAGAAAUCCAGUCUGUAUGCUCAGAUAUGUCAGAGACUGUUCCUGCUAUAAGCAGACCGACACCCCGAGCAGGUUCUCGGCCAGGAUCAACCAAACCUUCCAAAAUUCCAACUCCCCAGAGAAGGCCACUAGCUAGCAAAUUGGACAAGUCUUUGAAGAGAUAAUAUGAUUGGCUCCGUAAAGGUCUUUUCCUUUUUGCAUUAAGUAUUUAAGUUUGCAAGAUGUAAAAUAUUAUGUAGAAAUUAUUGUGAAAUAUCACAAGAGGUGGAUUUUUAAUUCUGCAGAUGGCCUUAUUUGUGUAUUUGUCGUCUUACCUUAUGUGUAUAAUUUUUGUCAGAUUUGGUUUUGUUUAUGCCAUAUCCUGUGAGAAGGGGGAAGAGUUUUAAUGUAAACUAACAGUUGUACACAGUAAUGUGUAGAAAGUACGCUAAAAAUAAUAGCUGAAUGUACAGUGUACUGAAUGUACAGUAAGUCUUUGCAACCUGAAUAAAAUAGGCCUAUCACUAUGUCAUUAGUUAACAGUAAAGGAUACCUCAUGAUUUUUCUUUAAAAAAAGAAAAAGAGAAUACUAAAAAGCCAAAAGACACAAAUACACAUUUUGAGCCAACUAAACAAACACUAGAAGGAUGUACGUCAAAACUGCUAAGGAAUACAAACCCACAUUCACAGUACCCUUAUUUAUACCGCAUCUCUCAGAGAACUCACAGAGUUAAUUAAGCACUUGCCAGUAAUAUGAUACUCCAAUACCUUGCAGCAUUUCUGUGCCAUUGCUUUCAAUGAGGCCAGACACAUUCUGGAUAUCUGAACUAUUAUUCUGUAAGAAUACUAAUACAAAGUGCAUUCAUGUAAAUGUGAGGUUUUCUUUUGCUUGAGUGGAUGGUAGCACUGUAUCAUUGAACUCAUUUUGUAUCAAAGCAAUUUUGCUUGCAGAAAGCUCCGAAAUAAACAUGUCCCUUAACUUUAUUUCUAUUGUAUUUCUUAUUUCACAGGAAGAUAAUUUUCUGCUUUAUUUUUUAGGGAAUAUAUCAUUUCAGAUGACCAAUAAUUACCCUAGGAACAUAGGCUUUAAUGUGAUUUCCCAUUAUCAGCAAUCAGAUUUUGGUUAGCUACUGUGUUUAUUUAAUAAAACACUGAAUUGCACAUAUCAGAUCAUAUGAAA